AGAGAGAGAGAGAGAGAGAGAGAGAGAGAAAGAAAGUGACGUGAGAAGUAAGAGGAGAAAGGGGAAACAGCCAGAAACCAUCUAGAGGACUACUGUCUGAUAUGGGAGGAACCUCAUAAAUUCUUCAAGGGGCUGUAUAUGUGAGCUCUUUUUAGCUAAAUCAAAAAAUAAAACUCCUCUAAAACAAAAGGGGAAAAGAAGAGAAAAUGAAGGACUUGGUGCAGUCAGUAGAACUAGGAGUCGCUCAGCGGAAAGGAGUUAAAAUAACUCGACCCAAAGUUUGGCUAAAGAACAAACUUGUUCGUGUGGGACUUGCUGAAUCCCUUUGCACAUAUGUCAUGAUGGUGUUUGGCCUGGGGUCUGUGGCCCAGGUAGUGACAGGACAGGGAGAAUUUGGACAAUACCUCAGCAUCAACCUGGGUUUUGCACUGGGUGUCGGUAUGGGGGUACAUGUUGGAGGGAAAGUCUCAGGGGCUCAUAUGAAUGCUGCAGUGUCAUUCACAAUGUGCACAUUUGGUCGCCUUGCAUGGAAGAUGUUGCCUGUGUAUGUUUUUGCGCAGCUAUUGGGAUCAUUUCUGGCUGCAGGGACAAUUUAUGCUGUCUAUUAUGUGUUGUUUCCAUAUGCAGAGGCCAUACAUGAUUAUUGUGGAGGAAACCUGACUGUAACUGGUAUAAAGGCCACGGCUGGCAUCUUUGCCACCUAUCCUGCACCGUACCUCUCUUUGCUGGCUGGAUUCAUCGACCAGGUGUUUGGCACAGCAAUGCUGCUGCUGUGCCUGAUGGCUCUGUCCGACCAGAAGAACAAACCGGCCGCAGCAGGCAGCGAGCCUGUCGCAGUGGGUCUGCUGGUGCUGCUCAUUGGCAUUUCUCUGGGCAGCAACAGCGGCUAUGCUAUCAACCCCACCAGAGACAUCGCACCCAGGGUCUUCACUGCCAUAGCAGGCUGGGGAACUGAUGUGUUCAGGGCUGGAAAUGGGUGGUGGUGGGUGCCUCUAGUUGCUCCCCCCAUCGGAGGUGUAUUGGGUGCAGGGCUCUACAAGGCCUUAGUGGAAUUGCACCACCCACCCCUCUCAGACCAGGGUGGGGGGUUGGUGGAAGAAUUGCAGGAGGAGACGUCUCCUCUGGAGAAACAGAAAAACACCUGCACAAAUGUAUGUGUGUGAGACCCCCAUCUAUGUAAAGUGUUAACGACAAGUAUAGCUGUGUGUGUGUGGACAUCUGUAUGCAGCUGAAACAUUCCACAGUGGUGAAGAGUUACAAAAAAAAAAAAAAACAACAAAAAAAGAAAUGCUUCAAUAGGGGAAUGAAAAACUUUUACAAAAA